AUGUCGUCUGUAUCUUUGACUCCAUCUUUCCUUGUUCAUGUUUUUUUUUUCCUUGACUUUGCUUUUUUCUUUUCUUUUUCUUCCCACUCACUUAAUUUUCCUUUUUGCCUUUCGUGCUUCAUUUUUCAUUUCUUUUUUAAUCUUUAUUUUGUCUUUCUCUUUUUUCUUUCUUUUUUCUUUUCCUCUCUUUUGUCUCUCUUUUCUCUAUUUCUUUCAUUUCGUUUACUUUUCAGUCUUAUAUCUUCGAUUCCAUUUUCGAUUCAUUCUUUUCCAUUUUCGAUUCAUUUCUUCUUCAUUCCUUUUCAUUCUUUUUUUCAUCUAUACUUUUUCGUUUCUUUCUUUCUUUCUUUUGGCUCUGUUUCUAUUUUUUUCUCUCUUUUUCUUUCUCCAUUCUUCUAUUUUAUUUUUUGUAUCCUUUUCCCUUCUUUUAUUUUCCUUAAUUUUUACUUAUUUCUUCUCUCUUUCGUUUCCAUUUCUUCUUCUUUCUUUUCAUUACUUUCCUUUCUUUUUCAUUCUCCAGACAUCCCUUUCUUUUCCUUUUUAUCCUUUUUCUGUUUUUGUUUUUCGUUUUUCUUCUGUAUUUUCUGUUCUUUCUCCUUUCCCCCACUUUCUCUUUCUUUCUUUCUGAUCUCAUUUCAUUCUUUUCGCUUCAUUCUUUUUCUUUCCUUUUCUUCCUUCUUACAUUUUUCUUCACCUUUUCCUUUAGAUUCUUUUUCUUUCUUACCAAAUAUUUAUCUUUUUCUUUUUUUUUAUUCUUCGUUCUUUCUUCCUUUCUUCUUUCCAUUCUUUCUUUCUUUCUUUCUUUCUUUCUACCUUCUCUCUUUCGUCCUUCGUUCUUUCUUUCUUUCUUUCUUUCUUUCUUUCUUUCUUUCUUUCUUCUGUCUUUUUUCCUUCUUUCCUUCCUUUGUUCGUUCUUUCUUUCUUUCUUAUACUCAUUAUUUGAUUCUUUGUUUUCUUCUUUCUUUCUUCCCCUCUGAUUUCCUUUCUUUCAUUUAUUCAUUAUUUCUUUCCUUCGUUCUUUCUUUUUCUUUCUUUCUUUCUUUCGUUCUUUCUGUCUUUCGUUCUUUCUUUCUUUCUUUCUUUCUUUCUUUCUUUCUUUCUUUCGUUCUUUCGUUCUUUCUUUCUUUCUUUCUUUCUUUCUUUUACCACUAUUUAUAUUCAUAUUUCUUUUUAUUAUUUUCUUUAUCACCAUCAUAA